AUGACACACAUCAAGUCCUCUGUUCUUCAAUCCACAUCUCACUCUUUCUAUUCUCUUUUAUGCACAGGUAACUUUCCACAUAAGAAAAAGGUUGAAGAAGAUGACUUUGGUAGUUCCAUGGAAGCAUACAGUGUCAACCUGGAUAUGGGGCACUUGACGAAGGCCUGUGUUACCACCAACAAUAAGAGGCAAUCCCCUAAAAAUGAACUGCACAAGUCUUUGAAGAAAGAGAUUCUACAGCUUGACAAGAAAUUACAAGACCAAUUUCAAGUUCGUUCUGCUUUAGAAAAAGCAUUGGGUCAUAGAUCCUCCACACAUGAAUUUACAAGUGAUGUGGAAAUGCCUAAGGUUGUGAAAGAACUUAUUAAGGAGAUUGCAGUAUUAGAAGUAGAAGUUGUGCAUUUGGAACAAGAUCUUCUGGCCUUAUAUCGAAAAGCAUUAUUUGAUGGACAAGCAACCACUACUACUGUUUCUCCUCCUGCCAAGGAUGGAAGAUCAAAAUCACCUCUUACCACCCCACAAAGUACGCCUUUGGACCCUACCAAAGCCGGCGGCCAAACAUCAAAGACUGAAACUUUGGCUGAAGAAGAGUCAAACGGAGCUGAAAGAGAGAAGAAGAGUUUGGAUUCUUCGGCUGAAGCUUUGCGUUACUGUCAUUCUCAACCAUUGCCCACGAUGGAGGCAUUUGAUGGACAAGCAACAACUGUACAUGUUUCUCCACCAGGAGAGUCUUCGGCUAAACCUGUGCUUGACUGUCAUUCUCAACCAUUAGCCACAAUGGAGGCUGAUCAGAAUGCUUCAUCAAACAUAACAAGUCUUCCUGAGGAUCUUGGUACAAGCCUUUCUGAUUAUACUCGAGAGACACCUAAUAAUAGGCUCUCAGAGGAUAUGAUCAAAUGUAUAUCCACUAUAUUUUGCAAGCUUGCAGAGCCACCAUCGCCACACAAUGGCCCUUCUUCUCCCAAUUCAUCUGUGUCAUCAGUGAGUGGUUUUUCUUCAAGAGAGCAGUGUGACUUGUUGACUCCAGGUUUCAAGAAGAAUUUACCUUUUGAUGUAAGGUUGGACAACCCUUACAGCACCAUGGUUGAAGUGUCAUGGAUUUAUAGAGACAGUAAAAAAUUAAGUGACAUCGAUCAUUUGUUACAAAAUUUGAGGUCGAUGAUCGAAAGGCUAGGGGAAGUUGAUCCAAGAAAGUUGAAACACGAAGAAAAGCUCGCCUUCUGGAUCAACAUACACAAUGCUUUAGUGAUGCAUGCUUUUUUCGCAUAUGGAAUUCCACAAAACAAUGUGAAGAGGGUAUUUCUACUCCUAAAGGCUGCUUAUAACAUUGGGGGUCACACAAUUAGUGCAGACACCAUUCGCAGUUCUAUACUUGGAUGUCCUAUGUCUCGUCCUGGACAGUGGUUGCGGUUGUUGAUUUCUUCAAGAACAAAAUUUAAGACUAAAGAUGAGCGACAUGCAUAUGCAAUUGACCAUCCAGAACCCCUUUUACACUUUGCUCUCUGUUCAGGAAGCCAUUCUGAUCCUGUGGUUCGUGGUUACACCCCGGAGAGAAUAAUGCAAGAACUAGAUUCAGCAAAAGAAGAGUACAUAAGAGCAAGUUUUGGGGUACACAAGGACGAGAAAAUUCUUCUACCGAAGAUCAUCGAGUCUUUCGCAAAGAAUUCGGGCAUGCGUUCUAGUGGUGUUUUGGAGAUGAUUGAGCAGACAUUGCCUGAAUCUCUAAGAAAGAGUGUAAAGAAAUGUCAAGGUGGGAAAUCGCAUAAGGCCAUCGAAUGGAUUCCUCAUAAUUUCUCUUUUAGGUAUCUGAUCUCCAAAGAGCUAGUGAAGUGAGUUUAGGAUUCAGAUUCUUUUACAUAAAUACCUCUCUCUCUCUCUCGUUUUUUUUUUUUUUUUAAUUUGUACAAAUUAGAAUAUGAAGUUCACCAAAGAAGAUCAAGAAGAAGAAGAAGUAGAAUGGU